AAGAUGGAGAAGCAGACGCAUGCUUUUGACGUCACGCAGUCGCGCGUGCAAGGCAUAGUCCCUGCGACGUGGCGACAGCUCGGAUUUCUGUGGUUUUUAUUUAUCAUAAUUUAGAUUUAUCGAACGGAGUAAACGCGUCUGAGAACAAAAUGUGGAUAUUGAGUCCAGUGGAGCACGGAGGUGAGAUCCACUAUCUCCUCUCCAAUAAAGAAUAUGUGGUGGGUCGCAAGAACUGUGACAUCCUGCUGUCCAGUGACCAGUCGAUCAGCAGAGUUCAUGCCCACCUCAUUGUUACUGAUCAGGCCAAGACUCUGACCCUGAGGGACACCUCCAAGUACGGUACCACCAUAAACAGCCAGCCCCUGGCAGAGAACACUGCAGUCACCCUGAAGUCAGGGGACAGCAUUACAUUUGGGGUCUUUCAAUCCAAAUUCAGUGUGGAUCAUCUGAAGCCAGUGGUGUGUUCUUCUUGUUUGGACAAUGAUGGCAAAGCUGCACUCUCUCAGGCUCUGCAGCUUUUUGGAGGAAAGCUGGUGAGCUUGUGGACUCAAGACUGCACUCACCUGGUCAUGCCUUCUGUUAAAGUCACCAUCAAGACGAUUUCUGCUCUGCUGUGUUGCUGUCCCAUUGUGAAGCCGGGGUUCUUCACAGAGUUCAACACAGCGGCACAGCAGAAGCUACCCCCUCCGAAAGCUGAGAGAUUCAUCCCUGACAUUGAUGAGCCCAGCUUGAUUAAUGAGGACCUGAACCUGGAGCCAGAUCUCAGGCGCAAGUGGCUUUUUGCAGGAACAACCUUCAUUUUCCUCACAAGCAAGCAGCUCAAGCGUCUUGGUGCAGCAGUGAGUUUCGGAGGUGGCACGAGCCGACUCCUGGAGGAGGGCUCCCUCCCCCGUGACCUCCUGGAGUCCCCACAGAGCUGCUUGGUGGAUUUUACUGCUGGCAACUCCCAACCUUCCCUUCCAGCUUCAACCACAGAGUGGCAUAAUUCUGUGAGAAACAUUGUUCAAAGGAAAGGCUUUCGAGUCAUCACAGAGUGUGAAAUUGGAUUGGCUGCCAUGUACACCUCACGUGACAUAUACUGCAACCCUUCCAGUCUAAUUAAAGCCACAGUGACAAAGACGACGUCAAGAAUUCCCAGCGCAUCUCUCUCCCAACAUGUAGUGGUGGAUGAAACCGUUUUACCUGCAGCAUCGCAAAACAUCACAGCGUACGCAGUCAACACAGAGACGUCACACAUUACAGAGCGGUGCACGGUAAGCGGGAUUACAGCGGUGGGAGAGACUCAGGAGAGAAGGCAGAAUCAAAAGACCGCUCUUACUAAUGGCCCUAAAGCCGCAACCCAGAAGAUGAACACUCAAUGCAUUGUGGCAGAUUCACCUCGCUCGUCGUUCAGCACAACAGAAAGCACACAUUCCAAGAGGAAGAAACCUGAGUCCAAAGUGGCAGGCCAGGACGUUAACAUAGCAACUUUUCAGCCUCCUUUGGUCAAGUCCACUGGUGGUAAGAAGACAUUCGAACCGAAGAAAUUUCCUCAGAAACAACAUAUCUCUCCACAAGCUUCCCCACAGAAACAAGCAAGAAUGACCAGCUUUUUUAAACCAGUCAACAAGAAAAGGCCUUUGGACGAGGAGCUCUCUGUCGUCAUGUCAGAACCAAAGUGUCCUGUACUUGAGUCUGACAUCAUCGUUCAGGCGGCAGACACCUUUGUGGCAUCUGUAGACGCUCCCUCAUGUUCAGACAAAGCCCCCGGGGCCCCUUCCCAGAUGCCGAUGGACUCCGAAAAUGAUCUUUUCAUCAGUCGGGCGGCGGCUUCGUCCCACAUGAAACGAAAGAGGAAGGAACUGGAAGAAGAAAUAGAUAUGGUCGAACUGGAGUCUAUAAUGUCUGAGGAUAUGGACUGCUUGGACGAGUCUUUUUCAGUCAGCGAAUCCCCACAAGCGCGAGCCAAUUGUUCUGAACGGAUGUCAAAAAAUGAAGAGGCUUUGAGUAAGAAGCAACGAGUAGCCUGUGAAAAUGAUGAAGACACCAGGAGCCAAAGGUCACCAGUAGAAGAGCUGUUUCCAUAUCAGCGCCACCAAAGUGACCACAAAGUUAUCCCCCCAACGACUGAGAAACUUCACCCAUCAGCAGAGAGAAUGAGUAGCAAAGUUUCAUCUGGCAGCACAAGUCAGCAUGUUGAAACUAACAGAGAGUCCUCCACAGAGGAGUUAGGCCACUUCAAAGGAGAUGAUGUUCAGCCCCAAGAAGCGACUGCGGUUCACCUCAUGAAACCUGUUGACAUGAAACAGGAGACCCAAAACACAAAACUGGAUGAAGACCUCCCUAAAAAGCUGAUUUUGGUGGAAUUUAGAUCCCUCACGGUGAACUUGCUCCACAAAACUAAACCACAGCAGAUGCACACCAACGGCUUUGUGAAGAACUUUAAACGUUUUUGCAAGAUGCGAGUGCCCGCGACAGAGAACUCUGCACACAUCAUCGGGGGGGCUGACCUGCUGGCUCACAACCGUGGCAAGAACUCCGAACUUGAUGAAUGGCUGAAAGAUGCAGAGGAGGACGAGCGGCAGAGCAGACUGGAGGAGAGUGAAGGAGAUAACCUGUUUAGGUACAACCCCACCAAAUUAACCAAGAAGAGAUGAAGAAGCAAGAAUGGUCAGAUCAUCUCCAGUGAUAAUAAAAAUGUACGUUGGUAUAGCUACCAUGUUUGUUAACCACUAAAAUUAGUCCACUUUACACUGACCUAACGACACCACCGACUGCAAAUAUUGUAAAGGUUUCAAACACGUUCUGAGGUUUUUCACUCAAUUAUUUUUAUUUGUCAAUGAUAAAAAAUGACAGACAAAACAUUUCAUAGUCUGGAGUUGUACAAGAAAGCAUUAAAAGUUUACGUGCCAAGAGCAGCUUUUCUUUUUCGUGUGCAGUUAAGACCAAAUGAUUUCCCUACUUUAGCUCACUCAAGCAGAUGAGAGGCGAUGGAGUCUCGUGUUGUGUUCAAUGUUCUCCACCAGAAAUGGGUGUAUUAAUUGGUUAUACAUUUGGACGAUUCUGUGUACUUGAUGUUGAUGAAUUUUGUCUUGAAAAUUUUUCGGCAAAAUGAAGUGCACUACUUAACUUGAAUCAGCAGUCGCUGUUGAUUCACUCUCACUGAAGUCUAAAGAAUAACAACAUGGUGUUGGCAAUGGGAGGCUGAGCUACAUCCACCCUGUGGCAACCUAUUUCAGCUCAGUAUAACACUGGUAUGGAAACAGUAAUUCAGAACAUUCACAACCCUUCAAAAAUAGUUGGUACAGCUUAAUUGAUGGUUAAUACCUGAAGCUUUUCAGGUAAGUAGUCUUCCUGACAAAACACAUUGAUAAACCUAAGCGGGUGAAAAGGACACAUUUACACUAAACAGUCACAAUCUUUGGUACAACUGAAUGAAUGACGGUAAUGAGCAAAUACAUGAUCUGUUCGUCAAAACUGAGCAUUAUCAUAUUUUUAAAGGCUGAGGUUUUGAUACCGUGCUAGUAUUUGAUCUCAUUAGUUGUACCUUAUUUUGUGGCCAGUGUUUGUGUGUCCAUCAGAUGUCAAAAACAAAAAACUGCAGGAAUACAUUACUGAUCACCAGAUUUAUAGGAUUACUAAAGAUUAUGUAACUGUUGUAACUUUUUAAUGUAUUACCCCAAACAUGACUAACAUAUUAAAAGGGGCUCAAUAUGACCCGGCAUAAUUAAUAAACCAUGAGUUGUAGGCCUAUGUCGAUAGUAUGUUGUGAAGAUGGCAUCAAUGCAAAAUAGAUGGCUAUGUCACUGCUCACCAUAGCCUUUUUAACGCCUAUUUUCAUGGCAAGCUUUAGCUGCAUGUAGCUUUAAGAUUAAGAGUAGCACUUGAAUAACUGAGCAGUACUAACGCCAUACAACCUGUUCUGUGUGAAAAGUGCCCUGAGAUUGCAUUAAAGUUACAAUACAUGGAUAUGUCAUUUUCAA